AUGACAACAAUUUCCCCUUCUUUAUCAAAUAAAACUAAAGAAUUACACAAGCGAUUAAUGAUUUUAGAAAAAUUUAUUGAACUGAAAUCAAAUGAAUGUGCUUAUUAUCGAACUAAAGUUCAUCUCAUGCAAAUGAGUUCAUUUAAUUCUCAAACAAUAAAAAAAACUUCAAGUGAAAAUAUUAGUCAUAGUUCUAAACAUCGAACAAAUUCUGUACCAUCAUCUUUACAAAGAAAAAAAAAUUUCAAUAGUUCACGUGUGAAAGAAAGGAAAACUAUUGCACAUAAUCAAAACUAUUUUGAAGAUGAUUCUUCUCCUCCUAAUGAAAAACAAUCUUCAAUCAUAAAUAAUAAAAAAUCCACAAAAGAUAAAGAUCUUCUCAACCAAAUCCUUAUGCCAUACAUCAAUAAAUAUUUUCAACAAGUUGAUGUUCAUAACAAGAUUAUUCAAUGUAAUGAAAAAGAUUUCUAUCCAAUAGAAACAUUAUCAUUAUCAAAAUCUGCACAUACUCAAUUAAUAAUUGAAUUACCACGACGUUUUGUUAAAUCUCUUAUAAAACAACAAAAAACAUCAGUUACACCGAAAUUAAAAGUUCAUAUAUCUUCUCAAUUGUUAUAUAAAUUAAUUCAAUCGAUGGAUAAGAAAAAUCAUCAUCAUAAAAUAGAUAAAUUUACAAUACAAUCACAAUUUGGUACAAUAUCAGCUUGUAUUAAUCAUGAAGAUAUACAAAAGUCUGAUAUUGUUCAUGCUAAAGCUGAAAUUAAGAAUCAUCAAUUACCAACAAUACGACAUAUAGCUCAAACGGAUAGGAAGAAAAAUAUUCAUUCAAUCUCUCCUAAACAUCGGCAUUUUCGAGCAAAAAAAAGACAUUUGCAUAAAUUAAAUAGUAUCUCUCAUGAGGAAAUCUAUUCGAAAAAAAGUUCAUUAACAAAUGUAACACAAUCAAUAAAUACAUUAUCAUCAUCAUCUGAUUAA